AUGAAACCCGCCAUCCAGUUCUCCUUGUUACUGAUUGGCCUUCAAGUCCACAGUGGUCAUGGAGGUAAAGAUCCGCUUCAAGAAAAGCUAGCUUCCAGCAUUGCUGACUUUGCAUUUAAAUUCUCCAGACAAGUAGCUUCACUCCAGAGUGGCAAAAAUAUUUUGUUCUCUCCUGUGAGUAUCUCCAUGGCUUUUUCAGCACUUGGCCUGGGUGCUAAGUCUAAAACCCAAAAUCAGAUCUACAGCGGACUUGGAUUGAGGACAAUUGACACAAGCGAUAUACAUGCAGGAUUUCAAAAGCUCCUCAAGGUGCUGACCAGUUCAAAAAAAGCAGGCAAGGUGAACAUAGGGAAUGUCCAGUACCUAACUAAGGGCAUCAAAAUAGCCACUAAGUACAAUAAGGAUCUCCAAAGUUUCUACAAAUCUGAGAUAUUUGCUGUUGACUUCAAAGACAAUGCAGUGGCUGAAAAGCAGAUAAAUGAUUAUGUGAAAGAGAAAACUCGUGGGAAAAUAACCAAAAUGGUUAGAAACUUAGCUCAAGACACUAGCAUGUUUCUUGGGAACUAUGUCUACUUCAAAGACAACUGGGAGAACCCUUUUGAAGCUCGUUUUACCUGGGAACAACCCUUUUUUGUCGAUGAAAAGACAACUUUGAAAGUCAAUAUGAUGCGCAAAACUGAGACUCUCAAUUAUCUCCACGAUGAACGUCUGUCUUGCUGGUUAGUGGAACUUCCGUACAGAGGAGGUGCCGUCGCCUGGUUUGUUCUGCCAGACAAAGGGAAACGGAAGACAGUGGAGGAUUCAUUGGGGCAAAAUACUCUGGCCAGGUGGAAAACAACUUUACUACGAGGAGAAGUUAGCCUGCACCUUCCAAAAUUUUUAAUGUCUACAUCCUAUGAUCUCAAAGAUUUGCUGUCCAGAAUGGGUAUUGAAAGAGUCUUUACCAACAAGGCUGACCUAUCGGGAAUUACCGGUACUGGAAAUCGCAACCUGGUGGUUUCCGCAGCUUCUCACAAGGCUGUCUUGGAUGUUAAUGAAAGAGGGACGGAGGCAGCUGCAGUCAGCUUUGGAAGUCAGACGACUGGAGCUUAUCCCAAAGCUCCUGUUCUACUCAAAUUUGACAGGCCGUUCUUUCUCUUCAUAUGGGCACCAGAGGACGGGGUAAUGCUUUUCAUGGGGAAAAUAGUGAACCCACUUCAAGCAUGA